UUGUUGUGUGCUUAAAGUAUCAAAGUGAUUUUGAGAAUUUUCAGCUGAAAAUGUUGGCUUCCGUGCUUUUAAUUUGCAGUAUUUUCUUUGUGAUUUCGCAAGGACUUCCCAUGGAUAUUGAACUAAGAAUGUCACCAGUGCCGAUGGAUCCUAACAAUCCUGACUUUGGUCCAGACUUUUCAAUGCUUGCACCCAAUAUGGAUGGUAAUGGACCAUUUGAUGGAGCACAAAUUGCACCACCCUUUGAGAGUGAAGACUCGCAGAGAACUCGUAGAAGUGCACCAACCCAAUCUGGUCAAGCUGGGGAACGCGGUGGACCCUCGGGAUCCACAAAUCCGCAGGAACUUCCUGGAAAACUUAAGGGAGCACUUGGAAGCCGAACGGGAAGCCCAGGAAAAUUAGGAAACAUGGCAAAUAGGAAACCAUGAGCAAUGCUAAAGAACCCAUGGGAACUCACGGGAUAUUCUUGAGGAAUCACUCCAAUCACCCACAUAGAUUUCCUCGGGAAAUCGGGAACUCGAACAUCCUUAUUUACAUACAAAUUUAUCUUUGACCACUUCCCAAUGUGUAACCAUGAGAUACUUCUUGUAGCAUUUUGAUAGAAAAAUCCAAUAAAAUAACAUGGACUUAACAACAAAUUGCUAAAGAUGAAAAAAUCUCUCCAUAUGCGUCUCGUCAUAAUCAAUGAGAGUAAGAAACACAUCGUAUCUACCCAGCAAUUCCACAAGUAGUAGUUUUAUGAAUGAAAUUCAACAAACUUUACGAUACGUUAUUGCUUGUUUAUUUACAUAAUCUUCAGACUCUUUUUUUCUUAACUCUUAAAC